UGGCAGAAAAGAGACCCUCUUCCUCUUGUUUCAUCUGAAAAAUUUAGAUUUUUUUGAGGUUAUCAACUGUUGUCUUAGAUCCUUAGUCGUGGUCGUCCUGACUUACGUACCCGGCUAGCCUGCAAAAGCUGAUUGUAGUCACACGCUAAAAGAUGUCAGUCGUCCCUGGAGUGCUUGCAUCGCGGCGCAGUUCGUUAAGGCCUUCUUGAGUGCUAAUUUUGAUGAUAACAGACAAGAAAUGAGUUUUCACUUUUGAGCUUCUUUAGAUGAAAGUCAACUCUUCCGACUUCGAAAACACUACAUACAUGCAAACAAAAACAAAUGUUGAACUUGCAGAAAUAGAAACAUCCACAUCCCAGGACUUUCCCUUUUCCUCCCCCCUUCCCCGCUUCCUCCCCUUUCCCGGCUUCCUCUCCUCCUCCCCCGUCUCCUCCCCUUUUCCCAGCAGCUAGUAGUCCUAAACCGAAAAAACUUUUACAACAUCCUGAGUCAAAAUCAAUGAUGUUACAGUAGAAACAAACAACAAUCUUUUCAGGACACAUGUUAGUAGAAACAAACUCUCCGUCACCUACAACUUGAACCUCCAACUCUUACUUGUCCCAUUACCAACCCUAAUCCCUAACCCUAACCACUUCUAACGCCGCGCGUCGCUGGGGUCUUUCUCUCGACGUGCUUUUUCCUGGCUCAGGGAAUCACGCAUCCUGAGGAAAGGAAGAUUGUCACAAGCUGGGAUGGAGAUAACUUGGAAGAUGAGGAUUUGGAUGUGAGUGUCGUCAAUGCUACAGCUUUUACGCAAGUGAAGGAAGAGAAGACCUCGGCGAUGAGCAGAGGUCAAGAGCAGCCAGAUGUUUUGACUCAGGUCGCGGACUGGGUUGCUGGAGCUAAGCACGAGUUGGUCAUCCAUCAGUCCCCCGAAGGGCCGCAAACGUUUUACCAGGACUUCGACAAUUUUGUCAGGGAGAAGAUUCGUGGUGAGUAUUUCAUAGGCACUCGUCCUGGUGUCACAGGCACGAUGAUGCCACAGGAUGUAUUCAUAAGAAAGAACGCGCAGUUUCUUCCUGAGUACGAAGCUCGAUUGGCGAUGCGAAAAGCGAUGAUGGCCGCUAGUGACAAGGAAUUUGGGUUCAGCCGGAACCGGGGGGUGGUGCGGUUUCCUUAUGCGUAUAAAUAGCUCCAAUUCCAAUUCUAAAGCGCAACUUCUGUUAGCGUGGUCGGCGUAGACGUAGUUGUAGUAGUUCACACUAAAGAUAUACCAAGUAGAAACUCCGUGUCUAUGCGUGUGCGUGAUCCCUUCAUCAUGUUCAUGAGUAGCAGGAGAUCAUACGAAAAAGAUGAAGAAUAGACACACGAAGAGCGAAGUGCAUGGUUGACGUAUGACAUUUGUUAUAUAUAUGGCAGCUUAAAAUUAGCUUAAUUAUGGUGUAGAAAUGUCUGCACCAUCUAGCUCUAGGUGGUGACAAACACAUAAAUUUUUGUCUUGGGUCGGACGUUUUUCGCAUCAAAAAUCACAGCCGUUGCGCCCAAGGUUAACUACAAGACAGCAUGACUUGCGGCGUGCUGAUCUUCUUGCCUUGGUUGCGUCUCAUUGCUAACACGAUUGGGAAAGUCCAAGGCUCUGGCGGUGGUAUAGUCUCUGCUGGUCUUUGUGCCAUCCUUGGCGAUGCGACUAAGGCGGCGAAGGAAUUGAUGGGCACAGCUUCCGGCGGAGAGAUUGCUACCCUUCUGAGGGGGUUGAUGAGUUGCCCAAACGCAACAACUUACGCGCCGCUGCUGAAGAAGCAACUAAUCAGACACACACUGCGGAGAAAGACGGCAGCACCAGCGUCAAGGCCUGCGCUGGCGACACAGUGCUGGCGUUAACAUUCAAAGCAGACGACGCGCGGCCAGCUAGCGCCGUGCUAGCUCUUCGCUCGAGUGCGGCGAUCUUGGAGAUGAUGCCUCUCGCGUGGGAGCCUUCACGGCAUCGGACAGAGCCGGGCGCGUGACUUAUCCACCCGAUGGCAGCUCCUGCGCUAUCAGUCGAGCAGUUGCCAAGACACUCCGCGAGGCGUCGCCUGUUUUUCUAGUGCCGCCCACGUGGAAGAGGGGCCGCGCCGUGCUGUUUGGUUUUCUUUUCCGAGCUGAUUUGGAGCAGGCCGCUCGUUCGUUCCACACUCAGGCGCAAAGUGUACGAUCUUGAGCGGCUUGCGGGCAUGUAUUGAACUGCAGGGGGGCACCAGCUGGGACUCAACUGCGUUGCCCUUAUUUGCUAGCUGCUCGCUGGAUUUCAGCGCCAAAGCUGACGCGUUUACUUCUGGCGGCGGCUUGUGAGAUAUUAAACCUUGCGGCGCCUGUAGUGCAGAAGGCUCCUGCUGCGUCAGUCUUACGCGGCUUCGGUGUCAACGAUCAGGCGCUGACACGGGUCAGGGCUGAAGCUGGUCCGACGGCGGAGCGGGUCGCUUUCGCUUUUAGCUCAGUUUUUGGCUGGGCGGCGCUAAUACCUACCGGGGCGCGCGUGCUGAGACGGCAGGCAAUUCGAUACACAGGGGCAGCAAAAUCGGGCACGGAGCUGCAGCAAGUGCCUGCCAAACCUUUAGCAGAACAGGAAAAGGAGGGCCCGACGAAAAGCUGCCGCGCGCAGGAUGAGGAUGGCCCACACCUUCAAAGCGGCGCCGUGCGUGACUUCUGACGCAGCUCCCCCUCAUUAUCUUCGUGACCAUUCCAACACGAGGAACGUGCCGGCAGUCAUGACGAAGAAACUGCUCAGUCACUCUACUUUCUCGCGGGUUCUGUGGCUAGAGCGGGGCCCAGAGGUAGCACGGGAGGCGGGGGCACAGGAUGGCGGCAGUUGGUACGUUUGCGGCGGGUACUUUCUGACGAUGAAACGAGCCCCGGGCUAUGGCUGUGCCGUCUGGACGAAGGAGCCAGCCCUCUCGAGGAAAGCAGCGGCAGCCGUGGCAAGAAGACUGCCACAAGACAGAGCGCCCAGAUCACAAAGGAGACGCGCUGGCUGUGGCUUGUGGUUUUUGCAGCGAACUUCUUACAUGAAAGGGCGGCCAUCAGCAAAGGAGUGCGGACGUCACUCGCCGCCUUCCGAUGUAAGACAGCGGUCGCCGCUGCAUGCCCCCCGCUGCAUCUUCGCAACCUCAAGGAGGACGGGGCAAGGAUGGCGCGGAGUCUCGCCGCGUCUGAUGGCAACCGGCUCGGGGAUGAUGGGCCACGCCUUCGCGUAAAAAAGCUAGACGCUCCUCCUGCGGUGCAGAUGGGAAAGCUUCUAGGGAGAAACAUGGUUACCAGGAUGACAGUGACGCGAGCCACAACAAGAAAGGAAAAAGCUGAAAGAGUGCGCGCGGGAUGGCGUUAAAUGUGGCCACUAGAGCAGGGGGGCCAGUGGUGUACAGGUGUAAACAGAUGAACACCAAGCCAAAAGCGUGGAACUUUUUGCACAGAAAAAGCAGAAGGCGCAGAGCGGAAAACUGGCAACCAGUGGCCCGAAGGCUAUAAUACUGGCAACAUGUUCAAAACGCAGAAUAUCCAAGAAGAACGACGGACAGCUGCCGCAUUGAUGCGCAGGCGUUUGCGUUUUUUGAACGCGGCGCUUCUUGAUCUUGUGGCGAUCGAAGUGCAAGCUCGUCCGUGCGCCUCUAUUGAGAACAUCCGGGCGGUCGCCGGCUCUCCGGGUGCCUCUUGUAGGUCUCAGCUCUAUAAGUCGCUACCGACUGCGUGGCACUGCGUUACCGCCCCCGGUCUUUUGUCUGACUUUUUAAGCAGACGGCCGCUUUUUGCUUGGAGUUUUCCUUCAAAAUUCCCCAAAGCAAAGAAGGACUUAACGGCGCCUUGAGUAGGUUUCGCGCUUCCUCGGCCGUCUUCACAGCCGCAGGAAAUGCACUAUCAUCCCGCCGAUGGCUUCGUAUAGUCGUUUGGGAUGUAUUAUGAUGAUGAAUGCCGGGGCUCGAAAUCCUACUCCUAGGCAUGUUGUAGGUAUCUUUACGAUAACUUCAAUUAAGUAGAUGAGAUCUUUAUCACGCCAAUUUUUCAAAUUUUACUCCCUCUAAAAAACUACGUGGCAAAGUGAUCGCGGCAACGCCGAUUUUGAUCUGUCCACCUUCGGCAAGACUAUGCAAAUGAAGCUCCAUCAGGAAAGCAUUUCAACUAGUUUGCCAAUUUGGACGGAGGACGAUUGUGUGGAGGGGGAUGGUGAGGGGGCGACGAGCGAAGCCGAUGCUGAGGCGGCUGCUGGAGCAGUGCGGUUACUUUUUCCAUCAUGUGAGAUCGAACAGCAAUUCAGAACCAACUUGAAAGACCUGGCUAAGGCGUUGCUUGACGAUAAGACUACGCAUGCUGUCAAAGGCUUGAUUCGUAGCCGAGUGAUUCCAGCUCUUUUGCUACGGAAAUGGCUCAUUGUCAACCAGCUUCCGACACUCAAAGAGGUAAUUUUUCAUUUUUUUCUUCUUCAUGGGCCAUUUUUUGUCACGCCUUUAGAGUGUAAAAUGUAUGAGAGUUACUACGAUGACGACAAGAAUAUGUGUACACACUACGAGGCUGGAAGUGAAAGAUCUACUUUUCCUCAUCACUUACUUUAUUUGUUGCAGGUAGUGCUCAAGGAGAGCGACCCACAGAAGCGACUGAAUAAAGCAGUGACUGCCGCUGAUCAUUACGGCACGGCGGCUAUGGAGGCCGCCAGAAACGCAAUAGAAGCCUCAGUAAGGGCACGCGCGGCCUUACAGAACGUGCACUCAAGUGUAGCGGCCUUCUACAUCACAAAGGGUGUAGCGCCGUCGUCGUCAACCGGUGAUUUCAGUGUUCCGUCAGAAUCACGAUCACUGAGUGUCGUAGACAACCUGUCCGAAACCUCUUCGACGCAGAGUGCCGCAACCGUAGACCUUCACCAAUUUCCACUUGGAAAUGAAUAGGAGUAAACGGAGUCUGCAACUUGCUGAUACUCGCUCCGCGAAUUUACAUCAAAAAAGAAGGACAACAAAAAGAAAAAUGAAAAAGAAAUGUUGAUGACGAAUUAAAGCUUUUUUUUCCGGAUUGCUGCAAGCAUUGCAAACACUAUCUGCUAGUCACAUUGAUCAUCGACUCACGAAAUAAAUUAUGUUCAUCAGGUUUUUGAUCUUUCAUCGUAAAUCUGUUUUUUUCCCAUUGGAGUUUCAUUAAGACUCUCGCUGAAAGAAGACAUAUUUCUCUGCUACCUCAAGACGAAUGAUGAAGAUGGGGCUCCCCUAAUCAUUAGGUCGGUCGUUGAAGAGACCACAUCAUAUUUAUAGUUUUAGAGGCGCUCGAGCGUUCUAUACGUAAUGUCGAACGCUGGAGUCCAUAAUAAUUCCAUGGACGUCUGAGACGAUGAAGAGGAUUUCUAAAGGAGAAGAAACGGUGUCCCGAGUAUUGAUCUACGACUGAGGUGCUAAAGUCCAUGAUUUAUGUCUUAGCGCGUGUUUCCUGACACGGUCCAGUUGUUACUUUGAGGCACUGGGACAAACAGUACGAAUGACAAAACGGGUUUCAUAGUGAGAGGGUGGAGACGAA